CUGUACUUCACUACAGAGGCCUUCAGAUAUUGCUGGAAAUGCUGCUGCUCAUGAUGAUGCUUAUAUUAACAGUUACGCUCGGGAGGACCUAUCCCACAGCGUACUAUGCUGAAGAUGAGGCUCCAGAGGACUCGUUGUUCCGAGUUCUGCAGCGAUUGGAUCUUAUGUCCAGGCUUGGAUCCCCAGCUUCCAAACCCUCAGCUGACCUUCCUGCAGAUGAAGCCAGCCCACCACUAAGCCGAGGCUCCUCCAGGGGUGGGUGGUGGCACCCGGAAACGCUUCACCCUGAAAUGAAGAGGAGGAAUAAUCUGGCAUCCUAUAAUCUUAAUUCCUUUGGCCUCCGAUAUGGAAAGUGAAAGAUGUGAAAUGCACCAAAAAUUCUGCUCUUAAAAAAUCUGUAUUAUUGGGUUUAUUAAAUAAAAUCAGACAACUGGAUUGAUUGUAA